GUUCCUUCCUCUGUCCCUCUCCCAGCCGUACCCCCACUUCAUGCCUCGGCGAAUCACAGGGCGUCGUUACCGCUCCCAGCAGACCGUGCCCCCGCCCCCCUACCACCCAGGCUUCCUGCCUUACUUCCUGUCGAUGCUUCCAGUGGGUCCUACAGUCGGUCCUACCAUCAGUCUAGAGUUAGAUGUGGAUGAUGGAGAGGCCCUGUUGAACCUAGCAGAGCAUCUGGGCGAGGCUAAACCCAGAGGACUGACCAAGGCUGACAUAGAACAACUUCCCUCCUACCGCUUCAACCCCAACAACCACCAAUCAGAACAGACACUGUGCGUGGUGUGUAUGUGUGACUUUGAGUCUCGUCAGCUGCUAAGAGUCCUGCCCUGUAACCAUGAGUUCCACACCAAGUGUGUUGACAAGUGGCUGAAGGCUAACAGGACGUGUCCCAUCUGUCGGGCGGACGCCUCCGAGGUCCAUCGGGAUUCUGAAUGACCUAUGACCUCGAGCCCCACAGAUCUAGGAUCCGCUCAGCCUCCCCACAUCCUAACCUGAC